AUUGGCAUCAAUUUGUGAAAGCUAUGUUGCAUUUUUUAAGUCCAAGAACAAGGACAGUGCUGUAGUCGUCUUCGAUGGUUACCUUCAAGAUGGUACUAAGUAUGCUGAGCGAUCAAGAAGAUCACGUUAACAGAUGUCAGUAGAUGACAUGUUCGAUCGAACAAUGAUCCCGACAGUGACAUAAGGAAAAUUCCUAGGAAUCCUAGGCAAUAUGAAAAACAAAAUCCGUCUUAUUUCAAUGUUGAAGGAAAACCUUGCAGCGGCUGGAAUUCAAACAAAACAGGAACAAGAGGAUGCGAAUACACUUAUUGUCACCACAACAAUGGAUCUCGCAAUAUGCUGAAGACGUAGAUUUGCUUGUGAUAUGAUUGGUCGUUCUCGGGGUGUACAUUCAAAUGUAUACUUUCUAAAGCCGGGUAAAGGCGCAGUUUAACAACUAAUUUUUUCUCCUGACUGCCAACCAGACCAAUCCAUCAGUGACGCACAUUGUUUUUGAGUUUCUGCACGCCAUGGGAGGAUGUGACAACUUCAGCCUCAUUCAAAGUAGGAAAAAUUCAGUUUCUCCAAACCCUCAAGAAAAACCCUGCCCUAACCAAGAUCAUUCACAUUUUUAAAGAUUCUACGGCACAUGCUGACACUGUUACUAAUGCUGGCCUUACCUUUUUACAGCAUUGUACAAAUUGACUGACAAGGAAGACACGUCCUUGAACAAAUUGAGGUAUAAAUACUACCUUAGAUCUGCAUCACAACAUCCCAUUUGGCGUCCCUGCCUCCUACCGACGCUGCAGCACUGCAGCAUUCACUGAGAGUAUACUUUCAAGUACAAGGGCUUGGAAAUAAAAAAUAUCCUGAGCAAUGGGGUUGAAAGAAAACCAAAGGAAGCCUGCAGCCAGUACCAACGCUCCAGUCACCAGCACCAGAGGCAGUUUUGAAACUCAUUUCUUGCAAAUGCUCGAAGACCUGUCGGACCAACUGUGGAUGCGAAAUAGCUGGCCUCAACUGUUUUAAUAUAUGCCUGAACUGCGAGAACAACUGUAAUAACAUGCCCGUUGCAAAAAUUGAAGAUGAAGCAGAGGAUGAUCCGGAGGUCCAUGAAUCACUUGACGACGUACAAGAACUGGAAGGCUGCUCUGAUGAAAAUAUGAUGGAGCCCGUGCCUAAGAGGACUCGGAUAGAUACAUAUAGGCGUAGAUGAACUGGAAGGCUGCCUUGGAGAAAGCAUGGAAGCUGUAUCCUAGAGGGCUCGAUAAAUACACGAAAUUUACGUUUUUCAAUAGCC